GAAAAAAGCCCACCUGUAUACAGCCGGCCACAGCCGUUACAGGCUCCCCAGUAAGUUAUAAUUGGAUCCCAAAAGUUGACUAUGAGAGCCCAGGUUAUUCUCCUCAUUCCUUUGAUCUUGAUUUUGAUCUUUGAGGUGAAUGGUCAGCGACGCAAACCACGGCCCACAGUGGUUCGACCUCCUAAGAAGCCUACUCCACCAGCACGAGAACCUGUAGAACCAACUGAGUUGCCUCCUCCUCUUCCUCCAGGACCUCCAUCUGUCUUUCCAGACUGCCCCCGUGAAUGCUUCUGUCCUCCCGAUUUUCCAUCCACAAUCUACUGUGACAGCCGCAACCUGCGCAAAGUACCAACCCUCCCUAACCGUGCCCGUUAUGUCUAUCUGCAAAACAACUUUAUUGAUGAUCUGCAAGAGGAGUCUUUUAAAAAUGCAACAGAAAUACAGUGGAUUAACCUGGACAAUAAUCGCAUCAAAAAGGUGGAAAAGAAAAUCUUGGAAAAGAUGAAUAACUUAACCUAUUUAUAUCUAGAGAAAAACCAACUAAAGGAGAUGCCAUCUUAUUUGCCCUCAAGACUAGAGCAGCUUCGCCUUAGCCGCAAUCAAAUAUCCAAGAUACCUUCAGGGGUAUUCAGCAAGAUGGAACACUUGGUCUUACUGGACCUGCACCACAACAAACUGAGUGAUGGAGGCUUUAGCAAAAAUACAUUCAAAGGCCUUAAGAACCUUAUUCAGCUAAAUCUAGCCCACAAUAUUCUGAGGAAGAUGCCUCAAGCAGUUCCUGAGUCUGUCAAUCAGUUAUUUCUAGACAGAAAUAAUAUAGAGGACAUUCCAGCAGACUACUUUAAGGAACUCCCUAACUUGGCCUUCUUAAGACUCAAUUACAACCAGCUCUCUGAUAAAGGAUUGCCUAAAAACUUAUUUAAUGUGUCCAGCCUCCUGGUACUGCAGCUUGCCCACAACAAGUUAACAGUGGUUCCACCAAUUAGCAUCAAGCUGGAACAUCUAUAUUUGAAUGACAACAUAAUUGAAAAGAUUAAUGGCACAGAGAUAUGCCCAGCUCCUCUAGUUCCAUUUGACUUUUCAUCCAGGGAUUUGUCUUCUGUUCCCCGGCUGCGAUACCUUAGGCUGGAUGGAAAUCAACUGAAGCCCCCAAUACCCCUGGAUGUUAUUAUGUGCUUCCGUCUCCUGCAAUCUGUUGUCAUCUGAUAAAUGUAACACUGCUCAACAAUAAACACUGAUAUAUACUCUUUUGUAAAGUAACUCCACAAUCCACAAUGCUAGACUAACAUAAACUCAUAUUGCAAUGCCCAAUGCACUAAUAACAAUGACACCUAUUUUCACAUUCUGCUUUAAAGCCGCACAUUACCAGAUGCUGCAGUUCAGGGUUUAUUAUAAGUGGAGUUAUCAGUGUCUGUUGUAAAUGGUCUGCCAGGAAGCUGUUACAGUGCUAUAAAAAUAGGACAUAAUGGGAAGUAUUUGAAAUUACAAAUUCCCUCUUUUCAAAUUUGAUGUUGCAGAGCAAGCAAAACAGAUUAUAUUGAUUAUAUGGCAAAUGUUGUACCAAAGUUACUGCAGUUAAAAAAAAGCUGCUUUCAUUAAUGAGUAAUUUUUGUGCCAUUUUAAAUCGAAUAAAAAAAUGAAUUAAAAAUGAAAUCAAAUUAAUCAUUUUGUGUCAUUUCUGUGACACUAUUUUAGCAUAACAUAUGUUGCUAAAAUGAUAAUGACCUGACUCAUGUGUAUCCACAGGUGCAGGGGAUUAACUAGGGAGGAGAAUCUGAAUGUUUUGAUGCUCGCGUUUUGAGCUAUAAAAUGCUCAAGUUACAAAUGUGCAGAAUCACCCUAUCAGUUAUUACAUUUAGGCUACAAAGAACGCACUACCAAUUGUUCUGCAGACAAACCAACAAAUUAUGGGAAUUGAAAACCUGUAGAUUUUAAAUUAAAUAUCGUUCCCAGAAAUCACUGAAAGUCAGCUGUUCCACACUGGGAGCCAAUUUAAAGGUUGAUUGGAGACUUUCCUUGUGUCUAUUCAUGGUAAUGUAAGGCUGAUGCCACACCAUGCGUAUGGCAUAUAUUUGGGUGCAGGCACAGGUAGGAGCAUAUGGUGCGUAUGGCGUGUGCCGAAAAUAUACACCAUACGCUAAGUGUGGCAUUAGCCUUAGCCUUAACCUAACUAAUAGUAGUUACUAUUAAAGAACUAAUUAAAUCUGAACUGAAAGUUAUGUCUGUACUAAACUUUGUGCUCUGGCAAGAUUUCUUUUCUGGCUGGGGGGUGCAUUAAACAAAUACAUGCUAAUUUAGAUUAGAACAUUUUUUAUACUAAUGCCUCACUUUUUCUUCUUUAAGAGGCAAGGCACACAGACGUUCAAAAUAUGCAGUAUUUUUUUAAUUUAGAUUAGAACAUUUUCUAUACUAAUGCCUCACUUUUUGUUCUUUAAGAGGCAAGGCACACAGACGUUCAAAAUAUGCAGUAUUUUUUUAAGCAAACCACAUUGAUUAAAAUGGCCAUCCAUAGAUAGACAAUAUCUCUGACAGAUGCUGCUUUGAAAAAGUUGGUAUUUCUUGGGAACACAGUCUAGCAAGUUUUAUGUGAAUGGGAAGCUAAAAUAUGGGCAUUUUCAAAGCAAAAGUUGUCCAUGAGAGCACUUAGGUAAGAAAUACUUAUAUUCCAAGUUGGCUGCUUUUAUUGGCCAAUGUAUGGCCAGCUUAACACACCAAAACAGCACUAAUUGAACUUAACCCUUCCCCUAACUCCAGGUCACCUCUAUCAACCUUUCUUCCUGCAGCCUUCCCGCACCACCCAUACUGUCAAAAGUGUCCCUAUCUUUGAACCCAUCUUUCUAUACAGAGUUGGCAUGCAACAUAUCACGCCGCUUUGGAUCCACUUCUGAUCUUUGUUUUUGUUUUGUAACUUUUAGUUGAACAUUCAAAUCUAACUGCUUAUUGGUUGCUAUGGGCAACAUUACCGGUGAUGCUGGCUUACACACUGUAAUAAAUAUGGUCCUUGACAGUAAAGGUGGUGUGGGGAUGGAGCAAGGCCGGUGGAGGAAGCUUGAGGUUGGGAGGAGGGUUUCAUUCUCUUUACCCAAGUCCCAUUGUAGUAUGCUAUUUGAUUUAUAUUUGAGUUAUAUCAUGUCCCUAUUAUCUCAAUACCUUGUAUUGAGAAAGAAUGUGCCUUCCUCCAGCUGAAGUAUGUCUUUACUUGAUUUUCCGGCUCUGCAAACUGACUGGGCCCAUGAUAAAAUAUAAUAUUCAACCUGACUAUUUGGGACAAACUUGUAAAUAUACAAUCUACAAAGCCAGUAGACUGUUCUGUUCAAAUAUGCUUACAACUGUACUUUUAUAUUGCUAUGCUAUUAAUUUUAAAAACAAAAAAAACCUUUUGAAUACACUGAUAAGAUCUCACCAUUUAUUUAUACAGAAUACUUAACAAUACAUUACAAUUGGGCAUAAUCACACACUUACAACAAAUUGUUGGCUGCAUAUAUUUCCUCCUCUUCAUAUUUCUAAAAUCCAAUGAUCAUAUUUCUUUCAACAACAUUUUUUCAAAAGAAAUGUACAGUUUUUUUAUAUUUUUUUGUUACAAAAAGUCUGCUUGUAUAUGGCACAUGUAUUUGCAUGUAAAUGUAUAUAUCCACAAUAUAUGCAAUUGUGUUUAUCAAAUAUAUAAUCUACAAAGUCUGUUUUAGACUAAACAGCUACCUUCCAGCCCCAAUAUUCACUUGUGACUUGACUCCAGAAGUGAUGUGUAAGGGUAAAGAAUGGCAAAAUCAAUAAAGCUUCUGAAAUUUUGUUCAAAAAGCAGUAUGUACAAUCAGGUCCACAUAAUGGGCAUUUUCAAACAACUCUAAUAGUGCUAACGUUGGUAAGUAAGUUGCUGCACUGCAAAUUUAAAAUAAAGAGUCUGGGGUUGUGAAGAUAGAUUCAAUGCUUCUGUAAUUCCUGCACUUCCCCCCCAGAAACACCUCUGUUAUGUUUUAACAAAUUAAACAUAUACUAUUAUGAUUUUG